AUGUGGUGGCGGCUCUGUGUGUGCAUCCUGGGGAUCCUCCUCCUGGCACCAUGUUCUCUCUCUGAGGAAUUCUCUCUGGAUGACUUUCCGCACCCCGUGGUGGGGGUAAUUGGCCAGGAUGUGGUGUUACCCUGCCAGCUCACACCCCCGGCCAGGAUGCCCAGCAUGGAUGUGCAGUGGAGGAAAAUUGGACCAGGAUUUAUCCUGGUUCAUGAGUACAUGGAUAAGGGUACCCGGGACCUGUCAGGGGUGAAUUACCAGAACCGGACAGAGCUGUUCCUGCAGGAAUUCAGCAGCGGGAAUGUCUCCGUGAAGCUGAAACGGCUUCAAGUGAUGGAUGAUGGGAAAUACCGAUGCUUUGUGAGGAACCCACAGUGGAGCCUAGAAGCCACCACUGAACUACGAGUUGCAGCUGUGGCUCCAGUGUUGAUUGACGUGCUGGGCCCCCGGGGCCAGGGGAUCGGGCUGGCUUGUAGAUCCACAGGCUGGUUCCCCAAACCCGAACUCCAGUGGGUUGGAAAGAACUGGCAGAACCUGGCGAUGGAGAUUGUGACCGACGUGACUCAGGACAGGGAGAACCUGUAUAGUGUUGUGAGUCAUGUCACUGUCACAGAAGGGGAAGACAAUGGAGACAUCGUCUGCAUAGUGCAGAAUGGCCUGCUGGAGACCGAGCGACAAUCGGCCAUUCACCUCUCAGGUGACAUUUUCCCCCGUGUGUCUCCCUGGCUGGCUGCAUUCUGGGUAUUGUUCACUCUGGUUCUCAUUGCUGCUGGAGCUUGUGCAUAUCGUGAAUACACAGCAAAGCGAAAGGCCUCUCAGAAGAAACGAUCUGAAGAGGAGACUCUGUUAAAUAUGAAGAGUGACAAGGAGACCUUGGAAUCAGAGCGCCAGGAGCUGCAUGAGAGGCUUGGCAGGGAGGUCGCAGAGCUAGAGUUCAGGAGGGUUCGGAGCUUCAUGGUUCCUGUCACCGUAGAUCGAAAUUGCAAACACCCCAAACUCACCAUGUCUGCAGAUGGCAGAACAGUCUGGCACAACCAAGGGCCGGCUGCCCCAUCUGGGCCCCUGAUCGCCGUGGGGAUGGAGGGAUUUUUGGCCAGGGAGGAUCAUGAUAAGGAGGCAGGGGCUUGCCGGGUGUACUGGGAGGUGGAGGUGGGAGACAGCCCAGACUGGGUGCUGGGGGUGCUGAGUAGGACUGUGAGGGAGAAAGUGGCAUAUCAGAGGCUGGAGAGUUUCCCCGACUGGGGAUGCUGGGUUCUAAGGAGAUCUGAGGGGCAGUAUCACCCAAGGGAGGCCAACACUGUGAUUCAGAGCUGGGGUGUGACACCAACAGUGGUUGGGGUGUAUCUGGAUCUAGAAGGGGGGAGUCUCUCAUUUUAUAGUGUCAGUUCAAUGGCCCUUAUCCUAGAGAUUCCUGUGGAAGGUUCUGAGAGAUUGUUCCCGUUCCUCAGCCCUGUUUACGCUGCAGGGAGGGACCAGGGGAAACCCCUCAGCUUCUGCCCCCCAGGCAACUGGGAUUUCCCCCAGAAAUUAGGAGUUAGUGGGUCUGUUAUUCAGGGAGAUCCCACAGCCCCUGCACAACCCCCUGCCCCCAAGAACGGGGAAGGGGCAGAAAAUGACACAGGGCCAUCCGCAACUGCAGAAACAACCCCAGCCCCUGCACAUUACCCUGCCCCUGGAAACAAGCAAGUGAGAGAAAACAGCACUGGGGCAUCUGUCAGAGAAAAUGUGCAAAAGCUCCUGCCCACCAACCUGCUCCUGAAGUGGAAGCAGGGGGAUAAAACAGAGCAGGAGCAUCCACAGCUGGAAGCAUCCCCCAAAGAGAAGGGGAAGAAGAAACACCAAAAACCCCAGGUCUGA